CGCGCGCCCAGCCCACCCCCUGCGCCCGUCGCCGCCCGGACAAUAAACAGCCGCGCGCGGGGCGAUGCCCGAGCCGGUGCCGCCGCCCCCGCGCCGCGCAGCCCCGGCCGCCAGGCCUUAGUCCGCCAGCCCCCCGCGCCCCCUCGCCCGGCCCCCGCGCCCGCCCCGCGCCCGCCCCGCGCCCGCCCCCGCCCAGCAUCGCCGACCCACCCGGACCUCCGCGGGGAAAUGGAGGUCCUGGCCACAGAGACCACAUCUCAGCAGGAGCGGCUCCAAGCCAUUGCAGAGAAGCGGAAGCGGCAGGCCGAGGCGGAGGCGAAGCGCCGGCAGCUGGAGGAUGACCGUCGGCAGCUGCAGCACCUGAAGUCCAAGGCGCUGCGGGAACGCUGGCUGCUGGAGGGGACGCCGUCCACGGCCUCGGAGGGCGACGAGGGCCUGAGGAGGCAGAUGCAGGAGGACGAGCAGAGGGCGCGGCUCCUGGAGGAGUCUAUCGGCAGGCUGCAGAAGGAGAUCGAGGUGCUGGAGGGCGCAGGCCUGCCCGCUGCCGCCGCCGGGGAGAGGCCCGCUGCCCCGAGCCCAGCCAAGGACCAGAAGGCAGACAUGGUGUUGGAGUCUCAGCAGGCCCCGGUGGGCACGCCCAAAGAGAAGCGAGUCUCCAACACGCCCGUGAGGCCGGUGGAAGGCUCCACCCUGAUGAAGGCAGGUGGGUCAUCCCCGGACCCGCUGCUGUCCUGGGCUAAGCCCUGGUCCUGGGGAGCCCGGAGAGCCAUGUACUCGGUUGAGAUCACGGUGGAGAAGGACAAGGUGACUGGGGAGACCCGGGUGCUGUCCAGCACCACCUUGCUCCCUCGGGAGCCGCUCCCUCAGGGCAUCAAGGUCUACGAAGACGAGACCAAAGUGGUCCAUGCCGUGGACGGGACCGCGGAGAACGGGGUCUGCCCAUUGAGCUCCUCCGAGGUAGAUGACCUCCUUCACAAGGCGGACGAGGUCACGCUGAGCGAGGCCGGGUCCACGGCUGGGACGGCGGAGACCCGGGGGGUGUCCAAGGAGCCCGUGCAGACCACACCGUCCAGGCGGGAGAUCCCCGGAGUGCAGGCGCAGCCGGGAGAGGCCACGUCCGGCCCGCCAGGCAUCCGGCCCGGCCAGGAGCCCCCAGUCACCUUGAUCUUCAUGGGUUACCAGAACGUGGAGGACGAGGCCGAGAGCCAGAAGGUGCUGGGUCUUCAGGAUACCAUCACGGCUGAGCUGGUGGUCAUCGAGGACGCGGCGGAGCCCAAGGAGCCCGCCCCGCCCAAUGGCAGUGCCACAGAGCCCCCCACCGCCGCGGGCUCCAGGGAAGAGAACCAGGUGGGGCCCGAGGCCCCCGCCAGCGACCCCCAGGACCUCGACGCGAAGAAGCAGCGCUGUAAAUGCUGCUCCGUCAUGUGAGCCCCCCGGCCCCCAGCCCCCCAGCCCCGCCCUCCAUACCACAGCCCCCCACCAGCCCGGCCCCGGCAUCUGCCCCCCUCCACCCACAGUCACGGGCCCCAGGAUGUGCGGUUGUCACAUGUUUCUUCCGAGGUUUCUUCUGCUGGAGAGAGAGGAACGGGGUCCCCCACCCCAUCACCACCCUGACACCCCCCAAGCCACUGAGCCGUGCACCUACGUCUGGUAGGAGAGAGACAUGGACAGACCCGCUUUCCCCGAAAUGAAGGGCCCCCCCACGUCACGGCAGCUCCACAAAACGGCCCCAAGCCCCAGCGGUCCUGGCUGGGGUAACUGGGGACCUCAACGCAGCCCCGGGCCAGCCAGCCACCCUCUGGGCCUCCUGCCUGUGCCUUCCUGCCACCUCCAAUGAGGUCCCCGAGGGGACGUCCUGCCAGAAAGGGACCCGGAGAGCCGAGGGUUCCUGGGACCGCACUCUGUCCCCGCUUAGCCCCUGGGAGUGGGGCUUCCCGGCCAAAGCUCUGGUGUCCAUAGCUUGGACAGUUGGGGUAAGGCCAUGCCUCUCUGGGGAGUCUUGGUCAGAGGUCAGGUUCAAGGUCGUGGAGAGGAGCAAGGCCCCUCUAGGCAUCCCCAGCCUGAUACGCCCCUCCCCCCAUGCCCUCUUGGGGCUUGGCCAGUGGGUGAUGGAGCCUGGGAAGGGAGAGCCCCCCCAACAUCCCCCCCAGGCAAGAGGGGUCCAUGACCCCUGCACUGUGUCCUGCAGGCCGGGCCCUUAGAGCUGCCCCUUGCAUAAGGCAGGCCCCCAUGAGCCACUUCCUGUCCUAGCUCCGACUCCCAUUGGGCCCUCCUUCCUCCUGGUGCUAAUUUGGGGACCCUGGGGGGGACGGCCCAGGACCUGCUUGGACCAGGGUGCUGGGUCCCUCCAGCCGUACCCCAGAGAUCAGGCCACUGCCAGCUCCACUGGGCUUGGCACAUUUUGGGCAGCGGCGGGCGCACGCAGCCCAGGGCAGGGGGCUUCCUCAGCAGAGUCCCCUGUGCUGCCCCGCCCGACGUGAGCCUGUCCCCCUCUGGCCGGGAGGGGUGAGGGGUUCCCCCCGGAUGCAGCCACACUCGCCCCCAGAGGCACAUCUGUGCGCACGCACACAGACCCACACCUGUGGGCUGUGGCCCGUGAGGCCCCAUCUCAGCCCACCCCCGGGGCCUCCUGCCUGGUGCCGAGGGCAGGUGCAGGGCCCACCUCUGUCCGCAGCCUGGACCCCGACUCAGCUCUGCCCCUCGGUGGCAGGGGGGGAGGCCGUCUCUGAGGUGACCCUGGGCAGUGGCCAUGGGACCCCCUCCUCCUUGAGUCCUUGAGCUGUGAGCGUCCGCGGAAGUGCCCCUCUGCUUUGAUGUGUGACAAGGCCCUGAUGUUCUUGACUUUCCCAGAGAAGCAAAUAAACCGUGUGAACAGC